CAAGCUCCGGGCCGGAAGCGGGAGACUGCCGGGGUGGGCCUGCUGGCUUCCCCUUUCCGGCUGGUCCCCAUGGAGGCGCUGGGGAAGCUGAAGCAGUUCGAUGCCUAUCCCAAGACUCUGGAGGACUUCCGGGUCAAGACCUGCGGGGGCGCCACGGUGACCAUUGUCAGUGGCCUUCUUAUGCUAUUAUUGUUCCUGUCGGAGCUGCAGUAUUACCUCACCACAGAGGUGCAUCCUGAACUCUACGUGGACAAGUCACGGGGGGAUAAACUGAAGAUCAACAUCAAUGUGCUCUUUCCGCACAUGCCUUGUGCCUAUCUGAGCAUCGAUGCCAUGGAUGUGGCUGGGGAGCAGCAGCUGGAUGUGGAACACAACCUGUUCAAGAAACGGCUCGAUAAGGACGGCUUUCCCGUGAGCUCUGAGGCAGAGCGUCAUGAGCUCGGGAAAGUCGAGGUGAAGGUGUUUGAUCCUGAUUCCCUGGACCCUGAUCGUUGUGAGAGCUGCUAUGGUGCUGAGACGGAAGACAUCAAGUGCUGUAACUCCUGUGAGGACGUGCGGGAGGCAUAUCGCCGUCGAGGCUGGGCCUUCAAGAACCCGGACACCAUUGAGCAGUGCCGGCGGGAGGGCUUCAGCCAGAAGAUGCAGGAGCAGAAGAACGAAGGCUGCCAGGUGUACGGCUUCCUGGAGGUCAACAAGGUGGCCGGAAACUUCCACUUUGCCCCCGGGAAGAGCUUCCAGCAGUCCCACGUGCACGUCCACGACCUGCAGAGCUUCGGCCUUGACAACAUCAACAUGACCCACUACAUCCGGCACCUGUCAUUUGGGGAGGACUACCCAGGCAUUGUGAACCCCCUGGACCACACCAACGUCACGGCACCCCAAGCCUCCAUGAUGUUUCAGUAUUUUGUGAAGGUGGUGCCCACAGUGUACAUGAAGGUAGACGGAGAGGUGCUGAGGACAAAUCAGUUCUCUGUGACCAGACAUGAGAAGGUCGCCAACGGGCUGAUGGGCGAUCAGGGGCUUCCCGGCGUCUUCGUGCUGUACGAGCUCUCGCCCAUGAUGGUGAAGUUGACAGAGAAGCACAGGUCCUUCACACACUUCCUGACGGGCGUGUGCGCCAUCAUCGGGGGCAUGUUCACAGUGGCUGGACUCAUCGACUCUCUCAUCUACCACUCAGCUCGAGCCAUCCAGAAGAAAAUUGAUCUAGGGAAGACAACAUAGUUGUCUGUCUCCCCACCGCUCCCCUUUUUCCUGUUUCUCUUUGACUUUGGGGUCAUUUUCCCCGCCUCUUUUUACCCUACUCCCCCACCCCACCCCACCCCCAUUUAAAGAGGCAGUUGCAGCUCCAGGUUGUUGGUAAAUCUAUUGAUUGUGAUAUACUCA